GUUUUCCUCUUCGCAAACAUACAUACGAACAGACAUGGGCGAGAAGUUGUUGUUUUUAGCACCAGUGGUGCUUCUUGCGUUCUUCGGUCUUGGAGUAGAUGCACAACGAUACUACAAUUAUUACCCCCGGAGUUACUAUGGUCGUAACCUUUACGAACAUGGUCGCUCUAUCUCCGAUAAUACUGUGUCAUGUGGGCCCCAUACUUGCGGCGUUGGUGCUCAUUGUACCCACGGCAGUGUGAGACCUGUGUGCGCUUGCCUGCCUGGAUAUUCUGGAGACCCACUAUCGCAAUGCAUCAAAAUCGAGUGCCUCGAUAACAGUGAAUGCCGAAGUCAUCAAACUUGCGUAAACCAGCACUGCGUUAACCCUUGCGAAGGAACUUGCGGUGUGAACGCCAACUGUGAUGUACGCAACCACAUUCCCGUGUGCACGUGCCCUGCUGGAUACACCGGCAAUCCUUUCUCUUCAUGUAGAAUUGCCGAUCCUGAGGAAGCUUGCCAUCCGUCGCCUUGUGGUGCUAAUACUAAAUGCCAUGUUGCUAACAACCAGGCUAUAUGUACCUGCCUGCCUGGAUACAGGGGUAGCCCUCUGGCUGGAUGUCGUCAUGAAUGUGAGUCUGACGGCGAGUGCGGAGCGCAGCAGUCGUGCCGCGACUUCAAAUGUGUCAGCCCUUGCAGUGACUGCGGCGUCAAUGCUGAUUGUGAGACAGUCGCAGCUCAUCGCGCUAUCUGCAAAUGCCCAAGGGGCUACCAUGGCGACCCUUACAGGAUCUGUUCCCCUGAAUGUAGUUCAGAUGGUGAGUGUCCCAGCUAUAAGCCGGCAUGCGUGUACAACGCCUGCAUCGAUCCCUGCGUCAACUCCUGUGGCGUCAACGCCGAGUGUCACCUCCGUGGUCUGACACCUGUGUGCUCCUGCCCACGGAACAUGACCGGAGAUCCCUUCACUUUCUGCAGGCCUUUUGAAGCUCGUGAUCUCUGCGAACCAAAUCCAUGUGGAACUAAUGCUAAGUGUACUCCUGGUCAUGAUCGUACCGGAGCCGAGCGUCCUGUCUGUACCUGCCCUACUGGUUAUAUCGGAAAUGCGCUUGUUGCUUGUGAUAAGGGCGAAUGCGAAUUGGACGCUCAGUGCGCGGAUCACUUGGCGUGUGUGGGAUACCAGUGCGUGGAUCCGUGCCUCGGCAAUACACAGUGCGGAUCCGGAGCAGUCUGUAUGGCGCGCAGGCAUCUUGCCGUCUGCACAUGCCCCACAGGUCAUAACGGCGAUGCCCUUGUUAAUUGCUACGAAUCUCGUUCAGUAGCUGCUACCACUCGAUAUUACAGAUAUAAGAGGAACGGUGAUUCAGUUUCGGAAGAGACCAAGGCAGAGGAAGAAGCGAAAGCCGUAGAAGAAACUAAGACCCCAGAAGAGAAGGUCGAAGAAGUUGCAGCUUAAAUAAACCACGGAUUUUUUUUCUUGGCGUUUUUCGAUUACAGCGCAACAAGGGUAUUAAUGAAAACAGCAUAGAGUUUAUUUUGGCAGUUCUGUCAGUGGCAUUUAGAUCCUUGUUGAACUGUAAUUAACAUAAAAGAGAAUGUAUUAAUAAUAAUUUGAACUCGCCCAGUCUGGAAAAAGUAAUUGUUUAAAUAAACGAAUGUACGAUUGUGAAUGUGACGUAGUAACUAACGAUCA